AUGACCUCCGUUAUCGAGGACGCAAAACGCGCUGCGGCGCGCGAAGCGGUCGCAAACCAUUACCCCAAAAACCCCAGAUUCGUGGGCAUUGGCAGUGGCACCACGAUCGUGUAUGUCGUUGAAGCUAUCAAGAGCCUUGGCUUUGAUACUUCCUCUACGUCGUUCGUUCCCACGGGGUCACAAUCGCAACAGGUCAUCGUCAAUGCUGGCUUAAAGCCCGUCCCAUUGACUGAACUACCAGAGGACCCAGUUCUUGACAUAGCCUUUGAUGGCGCCGAUGAAGUCGAUGAUGACUUGAAUUGCAUCAAGGGCGGCGGUGCCUGCCUCUUUCAAGAAAAAGUGGUGGCAAUGCGGGCGAAGGAAUUUAUUGUCGUUGCUGACUACCGAAAACUUCAACCCCGUCUUUUAACUAAAUGGCCAUCUAUCCCCAUUGAGAUUGCUCCGGUUGCCUUCCGCCCCGUAAUCUCGACGCUGAAAGCUAUGGGUAGUAUGUCGCCAGUGCUCCGCAAGUCGACGAUAGAGGAAGGCUUCUUACGGACAGACCAAUCUUUCUUCAUUGUUGACGCCCCUUUUCCACGCCUUCUGUUGCCAUCCGAUACUCAGGGCAAUAACAACGGUAAUGGAAAGGAUGGCAUCUGGGAAGUUGAGGCGCUAGCCAAAACAAUCAAGCAAAUACCAGGCGUCUUGGAAGUAGGCAUUUUCUGCGGUCCCACUGGGCCGCAGGCCCAAGCGACCGGCGGUGUUGGUGGCCAAAGGCCCAUUGCUGCAUAUUUCGGAAUGGCUGACGGUACCGUCGUUGUGAAGAAAGCAACCUGA